CGGCGAUUAAAGCCGUGCGGAGUAUCCGGGAGAGCGGUCGCGUUACGCUCGGUGGUUUCCUCGUCGCGCGAAUUCUCGGAGUAGUCGGGAGUCGUGUAUACGUGUGCGCGCGCGGUCUGCGGCAGCCGGGUCGAUGUGAAGAGGAGAAGCAAAAAGGAGAACGCGAAGGGGAGAAGUGGCGCAAAAGCGAAAGAUGACGGCUCGGCGUGUGAUUUGACAAGUGGAGAAGAUUAAGCGUUCGAUGGGAAAAGUGUUCUCCUGUUGAAUACCGCUGAAUACCGCGGUGGUCCACGGACUUGGUGGACUUUAAGAUAUCGGGAUUCCGAGCUGUGGACCGAAGUUGAGAAUUAACGAGCGCAAGUAUAAGCGGAACGGGGGUGGCGGCGGCGGCGGCGGUGGCGGCAGCGGAGGUGGCGAGGGUGAAGAGAGUGUGAGACAACGAGAGGGUAAACCGAGAGUACAGCCGAAGAAUGACGGGUGAGGACGGAAAGCGCGGUGGCGGCACCGACGAUGUUACUACAGGAGCAAAUAUGAACACGAACGUCACCGAUAACGUCAAUAAUGUUAACGCCAAUGUUAACGACAACAUAAACGUCAGCCAGCAGAACGGCGGACCGGAAAAGGCUCCCGUAGUCGGCGGUACCAACGUGGAGACGCUGCCACGAGCCGGCAAACAGAGUGAUCCUAGUACUGCAUUUUUACGGGCAGCUCGUGCUGGGCAACUCGAGAAAGUUUUGGAAUACUUGGAAUCUGGAGUAGAUAUUAACGCUUCUAACGCCAAUGGCUUAAACGCUUUGCACCUGGCAGCUAAGGAUGGCCACUUGGAAAUCGUGAGAGAACUCCUAAAUCGUGGCGCAAUUGUGGACGCCGCUACCAAAAAGGGAAACACGGCAUUGCACAUAGCUUCUCUUGCUGGACAAGAGGAGGUGGUACAAGUGCUAGUACAACGAGGUGCUUCUGUGAAUGCACAAUCGCAAAAUGGGUUCACGCCACUGUACAUGGCUGCCCAGGAAAAUCAUGACUCUGUGGUCAAAUACCUCCUCUGCAAGGGUGCGAAUCAAACAUUGGCCACUGAGGACGGUUUCACUCCAUUGGCGGUGGCUAUGCAACAGGGUCACGACAAGGUAGUAGCCGUUCUAUUAGAAAAUGAUACCCGUGGUAAAGUUCGACUGCCUGCUCUACACAUCGCUGCUAAGAAAGACGAUUGCAAAGCGGCUGCCCUACUUUUACAAAACGACCAUAAUCCCGAUGUAACAUCGAAAAGCGGUUUCACUCCGCUUCACAUAGCCGCACAUUAUGGCAACGACCGAAUCGCUUCCUUGCUUUAUGACAAAGGCGCGGAUGUUAACUUUGCGGCAAAGCACAAUAUCACGCCAAUGCACGUGGCAGCAAAAUGGGGUAAGAUUAAAAUGGUUAAUCUCCUCAUGAGCAAGGGAGCAAACAUCGAAGCGAAAACGAGAGAUGGUUUAACUCCUCUACAUUGCGCGGCCAGGUCCGGCCACCAUGAAGUAGUUGACAUUCUCAUUGAGAAAGGAGCACCCAUUGGCUCAAAAACAAAGAAUGGUCUUGCCCCGUUACACAUGGCUUCUCAAGGGGAUCACGUUGACGCCGCGAGAAUUUUAUUGUAUCACCGUGCACCCGUGGAUGAAGUGACGGUGGAUUAUUUGACUGCGCUGCAUGUGGCUGCACACUGCGGUCACGUACGCGUAGCUAAACUACUUCUUGAUAGAAAUGCUGAUCCAAAUGCGCGAGCGCUCAACGGAUUUACCCCUCUUCAUAUCGCAUGCAAGAAGAAUCGUAUAAAAGUCGUCGAACUCCUCCUGAAGCACAAAGCGAGCAUCGAAGCUACAACUGAGUCUGGAUUAACUCCAUUGCACGUAGCGAGUUUUAUGGGAUGUAUGAAUAUCGUGAUUUACUUACUUCAACACGAAGCUAGCCCUGAUAUACCGACAGUGAGAGGCGAAACGCCAUUACACUUAGCUGCCAGGGCGAACCAAACUGAUAUUAUUAGGAUACUUCUUAGAAACGGCGCCCAAGUCGACGCUAGAGCAAGAGAGGAACAGACACCACUUCACGUCGCUUCUCGCCUGGGUAACGUCGAUAUUGUGAUGUUACUGUUGCAACAUGGUGCGGGCGUAGAUGCUACAACGAAAGAUUUGUAUACACCGCUUCAUAUCGCUGCUAAAGAAGGCCAGGAGGAGGUUGCAUCCGUUUUAUUAGAAAAUAACGCCUCGCUUACCGCAACGACCAAGAAAGGAUUUACUCCCUUGCAUUUAGCGGCCAAGUACGGCAAUAUGAACGUAGCUCGAUUGCUACUACAAAAGAAUGCGCCUGUUGACGCUCAAGGAAAGAACGGAGUAACGCCACUUCAUGUAGCCUCUCAUUACGAUCAUCAAAACGUGGCUUUACUUUUACUCGAUAAAGGAGCUUCACCACAUGCCAUGGCUAAGAAUGGUCAUACACCAUUGCAUAUCGCUGCACGCAAAAAUCAGAUGGAUAUUGCAACUACUUUGCUGGAAUACGGAGCGAAAGCUAAUGCAGAAUCAAAAGCGGGCUUCACACCGUUACAUUUGAGCGCACAAGAAGGCCAUACUGAUAUGUCAACCCUUCUUAUCGAGCAUAAAGCAGACACGAAUCACAAAGCGAAGAAUGGCCUUACGCCUUUACAUUUAUGCGCACAAGAAGAUAAAGUAAACGUCGCCUCCAUUCUUGUCAAGAAUGGUGCUCAGAUUGACGCUAAAACUAAGGCUGGUUAUACGCCAUUGCACGUGGCAUCUCACUUUGGUCAGGCAGCUAUGGUAAGAUUUCUCUUAAAAUCUGGUGCUGCUGUUGACAGCAGUACCAAUGCUGGUUAUACUCCUCUCCAUCAAGCCGCGCAACAAGGACAUACGCUCGUUAUUAAUUUGUUAUUGGAAAGUAAAGCUAAACCGAAUGCUGUAACCAACAACGGACAGACUGCUUUAGAUAUCGCACAAAAGCUCGGUUACAUAAGCGUCAUUGAAACGUUGAAAGUUGUCACAGAGACUAUCAUCACAACAACUCAUACCGUCACUAUUGAAGAGAAAUACAGAGUUCAGGCACCCGAAUCCAUGCAGGAGACAUUUAUGAGUGACAGCGAAGAUGAGGGCGGUGGUGAUGAAAUCGGCACGGCAGCCAUGAAUGUGUACGGGCAGCCUCCGCACGCGCAACACGUGUACCUUCCUUCUUACUACCAGGGCCAAAUGACCUAUACCCGUGAAGAUCCAAUGCUCAGCGACCAACAGCAGUAUCGAUACAUGACUGUUGAUGACAUUAAGUCCAUGGGGGAUGACUCAAUGCGCGUAAACGUGACGGACGACGAGAGAGAUAAUCGACAUUCCGGAGCGCCAACCAUAACAGAGAUGAUUACGAAAGAACAUUAUCAACGUACAAACGCGGCCAAUCUUAAGCCAGACAAUGUAGACAUCAAUAGGCAUCCUGUGCAUGUUGGCAGAAUUCCACAGUGGAGAAACUUCCUGGUUUCCUUCUUGGUGGACGCAAGAGGCGGUGCGAUGCGCGGGUGCAGACAUAGCGGCGUCCGCGUGAUUGUUCCACCGCGUAAAGCCGCAAUGCCUAUGCGCGUCACGUGCAGAUACUUGAGGAGAGACAAAUUGACAAACCCACCGCCCUUGAUGGAGGGAGAAGCAUUGGCUAGCCGCAUCCUCGAAUUGGGUCCUGUUGCUGCAAAAUUUCUGGGCCCUGUUAUCAUAGAAGUGCCACAUUUCGCGUCGUUACGCGGAAAGGAACGGGAAAUAGUGAUUCUACGAUCAGAUAAUGGAGAAACAUGGCGCGAGCAUACCUUGGAAGCCAGCGAGGAAGCUGUCCAAGAUGUGCUUAACGAGAGCUUUGAGGGAGAAGAGUUAAGCCAAUUAGAGGAUCUCCAGACGUCCCGUAUCGUAAGAAUACUCACCGUAGAUUUCCCACAUUACUUCGCAGUAGUAUCUCGUAUUCGGCAAGAGGUCCAUGCGGUUGGUCCCGAAGGCGGCACCGUGUCGUCAUCCGCUGUACCACAAGUACAAGCUGUCUUCCCGCAAGGGGCGCUUACUAAGAAGAUCAGAGUCGGUCUGCAGGCACAUCCUAUACCAGCAGAUCUGGUGGCUAAAUUACUUGGAAAUAGAGUAGCUGUGUCGCCGAUUCUCACCGUCGAACCGAGAAGAAGAAAGUUCCACAAGCCGAUAACUUUAACUAUUCCAGUACCACAGGCGGCUAAUAAAGGCAUGAUCAACCAGUAUUCCGGAGAUGCGCCAACUUUGAGACUCCUGUGCAGCAUAACUGGGGGUCAGACUCGGGCAGUCUGGGAGGACGUCACAGGCUCGACGCCAUUGACCUUUGUGAAAGAUUGCGUUUCCUUUACUACUACAGUUUCCGCCCGUUUCUGGUUAAUGGACUGCCGUAACAUUUCCGAGGCCACGAAAAUGGCCAUGGAACUCUACACGCACGCGACACAUGUGCCCUUUAUGGCUAAGUUCGUCGUGUUUGCAAAACGGAUAGACCCAUUAGAAGCGAGACUACGUGUAUUCUGUAUGACGGACGAUAAAGAAGACAAAACUUUAGAGCAUCAGGAACAUUUUACAGAAGUUGCAAAGAGUAGAGAUGUCGAGGUUCUUGAAGGAAAAACACAAUACAUGGAAUUUUCGGGAAAUCUUGUACCCGUUUUAAAAACAGGUGAACAACUGCAAUUACCGUUUAGAGCUUUCAAGGAAAAUAGAGUUCCUUUUACCACGAGGAUAAAGGAUCCGGAUGCCGCUGAUAUGAUGGGCCGAAUCAUGUUUAUGAGCGAACCUAAGGUUCCGAGAGGUGAACUGCCGCAAACGCCAAUCUGUACACUAAAUAUUUUGCUGCCGGAAAAUAUUUCUCCUGAUACCGCAGUCUCCGAGCUUGAUUUAUUGGAAUUAUCAAAGAACUACAGUUUCCUACGCGAUGGUGGAAUAAGUAGACCAGAUGCAAUACACAGAGCGACCAUCCGAUUAACAGACAUCGCUAAUCUAUUAGAUAAAGAUUGGGAACCGCUAGCGGAAGAAUUGAACAUCCCACCCAAUGACAUGGCUCUAAUAAAGCAAGAAUAUCCCGAUAAACCUGCGCAACAGGCCGCUGCCAUGUUCAAAAUCUGGCAAAACAGUGGAAACAAAGCCACAGGAAACACGUUAGAAAAAGCUCUCAAUAAAAUUGGACGAGAAGAUAUAGUGAAUAAAUGUAUCUUCAAUGUUGAGUUAGUGACUGACGACGUUGAAAAAGCUGUGGCGAGAGUCAGACUGGAUCAGCCAGGUUUUGAUUCUCUCAAGGAGGAAUUGGGACCGUCGAGAAACACGUCACUCCGCCGUGAUGCAACUAUGGAUCCUAAGAUGGAUCCUGAUUAUGAAGAGUCUGACAAAACGAAGGACUCUGAAUCAAUGGAAGAUCUCAGUAUCAGUGGCACACACGAUAAACCCAAAGAGCACAUCACAAUCACAAACGGCACUGUAUUCAACGGAACCUCGAUCCCCAUCAAAGACAAAUACGCGAGCGACGAGAAAGAGCUUAGCGACAUGAUGGCUGAUUACUUUGAGCACAAAUGCCAUACAACCGACACGAUGAGCAAAAAGUCGCGUGACGAACUGGAUCCGGAGAAAAAACGCCAGAAAGUGAUCGCCGAUGCCAACAAGAUAGUCUCUGGUGUAAUAGCAGACGCAGAGAAAGAGAAGGGGAAGUUAGCGAAGGAAGGGUGGUCGGUGGUUUAUGAUGAUGAUGAUGCGCGGGACAAUAAAGAGGCGCGGGGUGCGAUAGGGCAGACUGUAAUUAAUGUUCAUGUAGAUCAAGCGGCCACCGAGCCGGAAGGUUUCGUUCCCAAAUUAGAGCAAAUCUCUAGUAUCGAACCGCCGAUGAUUAAGCAACAUCGUGGUGGGACGCCGGAUCCCAAAGUUAGCACUUCAAAAACAAUUGUUUCUGUUAGUAGUGAUCCGAAAGUAGGCCAGACAGUAGUAACUAAGACUACGGUAAUAAAACAGACUCCGACUGAGACCGUGACUACGAAAGAAACGGUAAUUGUUCUCCCCGAUAAAAAAGACGUUGUUAGCGAGAAAGAGAAACUGUCUAAAGAAGGUAAGGAAGUCGACGAAAAGUUAGGCGCAGCUCCUACGGAUGCGACUGUUACUCGAAAAACGGUAAAGGCUGGCGUAAUAGUUCAAACUGAUCAAAAGAAAUCAGAAAUAAAAACUCCAGCAGACAGGGAUAAAGAUAAAGAUAAGGAAAAGAAGGAUAAAGAUACUGUAACAAAAACUGUGAAAACAUCGGCUUACGAAGAUGUUUACAAUGUGCCACAUUCGACAGACAGCAUGGAAGAUAAAUCAGACGAAGAGAAGAAAACGAAGGAUAAGAGCGGCGGAAUAUUUUUGGGAAUUUUUAAAGGCUCCAAAUUAAAGAGAGGCAAGAAAGGUUUUAAGGACACGUCCUUUGAUAGUGGUGACGAGGAAUCGAAGAUAGUCGUAACGAAAGUUUCAGAACAACAACCAGAAUUUCUCUCUAGCGAAGUAACGAAUUCGCAGUUUGACAGCAGAUUACCAGAAAUUACAACUGCACCCGAUGUGAGAACAGCUACUGUGGAAUUUUUGGAAGAUUCUCGACGAAUUGCUGCAGGUAUGCAUGUAUCUUACGAAGGUCUUGUUAAGUCAGUGGAGAAGGAAGACAAAAAAGCAGAUGCUGCCGAGACCGAUGAUGACGAUAAAGAUAAGAUGAGUUUCUUCUCGAGUUUGUUCAAAAGUAAGUCUAAAAAAGAUGAAGAUGGAUCUAUCUUACCUGUUAUACAUGUUGAGAAACCUAAAGAAUCUGCAGAGCAAAUUGCAAAAAAAGAGAAGAAAAAGCUAGCAGCAAUCGCAAAGGAAAACGAGGAAUUGUUAGAAUUACAAAUGAAGGAAAAGGAAAAAGAGGCUGAAGCAUCUCAGAUUAUCGAAAUGCCUUGUAUAAUUGAACAAGAAACGGAAAAAGCUGUGAAAACCGGCGCGAAAGUUAUCGAGGAUGCUAAAAGCAAAGCAAAGAUCACUUUGGAUGAACAACAAUCUAGUAAGGAUGAUGAAAAAGAAGAAGAUCAAAUAAAGGAAAAGGGUGGCUUCUUCGGCAUCUUUAAGAGUCCAAAAUCCAAAGAGAAAAAGCUCAAAUCGAAGGAAACAUCUUUUGAUAGUGGCGAUGAGGAAAUCAAAGCCGUAACGGAGAAACUCUUGGAUGACAUGCGGAAGGUAGCUGACUCUACCGUGUUACCGAUCGCAUACAAAAGCGAUAAUACAAAAGUCACUCCUAAAGAAGAGAUACGAACUUUUGUGUCGACCACUCAUUACGAAGAUGUUCUCGCUGACAAAGUCAAUAAAUCUUACGAUAUUGUUAAAACCACGAUGAAAAUGGAAAAGACUAUCCACGAAGAGGUAAACGGGAAAGCGGACAUUGACAAGGAAAAAAUUCAAAAGGAAGAGAAAAGAGAUGUUGAAAAACCUACUGCAGAAAUAAAAUCUGAUACGCCGGAAUCCAAAGCACCCGAGACAGAGAAAGAGAUGGGCGACGAUAUCAAAGAAAAGAGUGGCGGCUUUUUCAGUAUGUUUAAGAGCCCAAAACUCAAAAGUAAAAAGAGAAAUAGAUCUCGAGAACAAAGUUCUUCUAAGGAGACCUCUUUUGAUAGCGGAGACGAAGAAGUUCGAUUAGUAACGGCGAAGCUUCUAGAAGACACAAAACAAAUGGCAGAGAAUCUGCAGCAUCAAGCUGAAGAAAAGUUAUCAGAGAGGAUUAUAAAAACUCCUCCUACAGAGGAGGAAAUAAGAAAAACUAUCAUUCCUGAAGAUGAAGCCGUCGAAAAAGAUAAGGGAGGCGGCAUUUUCGGUAUAUUCAGAAGUCCUAAACAAGCGAGAAGUUCCAGAUCCAGGAGUAGAUCUAAGGAGAAGACACCUUCGCUUGAAUUGCCAGAUAGUGGCCACGACGAUUUACGAGAAAUAACUGCAACGUUCUUAGAGGAUUCACGGUAUAUGGCAAAUAUCAUGGGUGAAUUGACAGAUUCGAAAGAUAAAGAUGAUAAAUUGUCAACGGAGAUAAAGAAAAUUGACCAUUACAUUACAAUUGCAGCAGAAGACGUUAGUAAAGUUACGAAGGAUGGUAAAGACGUGAUUGCUAAAAAAGUAGAAGAGAAAACACGUGAUGUCGUGGAUAGCACUGAAGCCGCAAAAGACAGAACGACCAAGGAAACGAAGAAAGCAAAAGACAAAGGUGCAGGAUUUCUAUCUGGCAUAUUUAAAGGUACGAAGCACGCUGUAGAAGAUGCGACAGAUGAUAUUAGAGAAUUCUUAGAUGAGACGAAAAAAGAAGCUGAAAUGGAAAAAGAACGUGCUAAAGAGGAAACUGCUGCAAGUUUAAAUGAUCUGAAAGAUAAAAAGGACACUGCUGUUAGUGAAGUUCAAAGAACUAUGGAUAAAACUAUCGAUAAAGCAAAAGAAGCAAACGAUAAAACGGUCUCUAUAAUAAAAGACAGAAAAGAUAAAGUUGUCGAGGAAGUUUCCAAAGAUACGGAGAAAGUUGCCGAUGCCACGAAAGAAGCUGGUGAGAAAGUAGCACAUGAAACCAAGAAAAUCAGUGAAAAAGUGGACGAGACUGCGGCAGAAGUUGCACAAAUUGCACAGUAUACUAAAGAUGCAGCAAUUAAAGAAGUAAAAGAUGACACAAAGUUAGUGAAAGAAAAAUUAGCAGCUGGCGCUGAUGCGGUAGCAGAAACUGCGGACGGCACAAAGGAAAAAGUAACAAAAGAAGCGAAGAAAGCUAAGGAAAAAACAAGUGGUUUCUUUUCUGGUAUUUUUAAAGGUGCGAAACACGCUGUAGAAAAUGCGACAGACGACGUUAGAGAAUUUUUAGAUGAGACGAAAAAGGAUGCAGAAAUCGAAGAAGAACGUGUCAAAGAAAAGGCUGCUGCAAGUCUGAAAGAUCUGAAAGAUAAAAAAGACACUGUUGUUGGUGAAGUUCAAGAAACAAUGGAUAAAACCACCCAUAAAGUGAAAGAAGCAAAAGAUAAAACAGUUUCUGCACUAAAAAACAAAAGCGAUGAAGUUGUCGAGGAAGUUGCCAAAGAUGCUGAGAAAGUUGCCGAUGACACAAAAGAAGCUAGUGAGAAAAUAGCAGAUGAAUCUAAGAAAAUCGGAGAAAAAAUGGAGGAAACUGCAGCAGAAGUUGCACGAAUUGCCAAGGAUACUAAAGAUGCAACAAUUAAAGAACUAAAAGGAGAUGCAAAAUUAGUGAAAGAAAAAUUAGCAGUUGGCACUGAUACGACAGCAAAAACUAUGGACAGUGCAAAGGAAAAAGUGACAAAAGAAGCGAAGAAAACUAAUGAAAAAUCAGGUGGUUUCUUCUCCGGUAUUUUUAAAGGUGCAAAACAUGCUGUAGAAGAUGCGACAGACGACGUUAGAGAAUUUUUAGAUGAGACAAAAAAAGAAGCUGAAGUCGAAGAAGAACGUGCUAAAGAGAAGGCUGCUGCCAGUCUGAAAGAUCUGAAAGAUAAAAAAGAUACUGCUGUUAGUGAAGUUCAAGGAACUGUGAAAACCGCUGAUAAAGAAGCAAAAAAUAAAACAGUUUCUACACCAAAAGAUAAAAAGGAUGAAGUUAUCGAGGAAAUCUACAAAGAAACGCAAAAAAAUGCCGACGCUAUGAAAGCAGCUAGUGACAUAGUUGGAGCAGAAACCAAGAAGGUUAGUAAAAACGUGGAAGAAACUGCAACAGAUGUUGCGCAUGACCUUAAGGAUAGUAGAGAUGCAACAGUUAAAGAAAUGAAAGAAGAUACUAAAUUAAUGACUGAAAAAUGGCCAGCAGGUGUUGCUGCUGCAGAAAUUGCAGAUAGCACAAAAGAUAAAGCUACGAAGGAAACGAAAAAAGCUAAAGAAAAAACCAGUGGUUUCUUCUCUGGCAUCUUUAAAGGUGCAAAGUAUGUCGCUGAAGAUACAUCUGAUGAUGUUAAAGAAUUUUUGGAUAAGACAAGAAGGGAAGCUUCUUUAGAAAAAGAACGUAUUAAAGAAGUUGUGACAAAUACUAAAGAUUUAAAGGAUAAGAAGGAUACAGUUGUAACCAAAGUUCAGCAAACUGCAGACGCAGUCUUCUUUGACGUAAAAGAAGCUAAGGAUAAAACUGUUUCUGUAAUAAAAGAUAAGGAAGAUAAGCUCGUAGAAGAAGUUUCGAAAGAUGCUGAGAAAAUUGCCGAUAUAGCAAAAGCUGCCGGUGAAGAAAUAACAGCAGAAACAAAGAAAUUUGGUGAAAAAAUGGAAUAUGCCGCUGUAGAUGUUGCGCAAGCUAUCAAGGAGACUAAUGAUGCAGCUGUUAAAGAGGUAAAGGAAGAUACGAAAAUAGUAAAAGAAAAAUUAGCUUUAGGUGCUGAUGCUGUAGAUAACACAAAGGAUAAAACGACAAAACAGGCAAAGAAAGCAAAAGAAAAAACAACUAGUUUCUUUUCCGGUAUUUUUAAAGGUGCUAAGAAUGCCGUAGAAGACGCAGCUGAUGACGUUAAAGAAUUCAUUGAUGAAACGAAAAAGGAUGCUGCGCUUGAAGAAGAACGUGCCAAAGAAAAAUCUGCUGCGAGUAUAACAAAUUUGAAAGACAAGAAAGACACACUCGUUACUGAGAUUCAAGAAGUUGUAAAUAAAUUAGAUAAAGUUGUUGUUGAAACGAGAGAUGCAAAAGAGAAAACAAUCUCUGCAGUAAAAGACAAGAAUGAUGAAAUUGUUGAAGAAAUUUCCAAGGGUAGUCAGAAAAUUUCGGAUACCGCCAAAGCAGCUGAUGAGAAAAUACCAACGAAGAAAAUCAAUGAAACAAUAGGAGAGACUGUGACGGAAGUUGCGGAAACUGCCAAGCACAUUAAGGAUAUAGCAGUUAAAGAAGUGAGCAAAGAUACAAAGAAAGAUAACUUGACAGCAGAUGUCUAUGUUGCUGCUGAAACUGCGGAAGGUACGAAAGAAAAAGUAAAAAGGGUUAAAGAAAAAACCAGUGGUUUUCUGUCUGGUAUAUUUAAAGGCGCUAAAAAUACUGUGGAAGAUACAACUGACGACAUUAAAGAAUUUUUAGAUGAGACUAAAAGUGAAGCAUUAUUAGAAAAAAAACGUAUAGAAGAAGAUGUCGCAAAUAUUAAAGAUUUCAAGGAUACAGAAAGUGCUAUGAUUGUAGGAAUUCAAGAAGCUGCAGACAAGGUCAUCACUGACGUAAAAGACACACAAGAUGAAAUCGUCUCUGCAGUAGAAGACAAAAAAGAUAAAAUUGUCGAAAAAGUUUCCACAGAUGCGCAGAAAGUUACCGACGCUACAAAAGAAGCUAAUGAAAUAAUAGCAGAUAAAACCAAGAAAAUCAGUGAAAAAGUGGAGGAGACUGCGGCAGAAGUUGCACAAAUUGCACAGUAUACUAAAGAUGCAGCAAUUAAAGAGGUAAAAGAUGACACAAAGUUAGUGAAAGAAAAAUUAGCAGCUGGCGCUGAUGCGGUAGCAGAAACUGCGGACGGCACAAAGGAAAAAGUAACAAAAGAAGCGAAGAAAGCUAAGGAAAAAACAAGUGGUUUCUUUUCUGGUAUUUUUAAAGGUGCGAAACACGCUGUAGAAGAUAUGACAGACGACGUUAGAGAAUUCUUAGAUGAGGCGAAAAAAGAAGCUGAAAUCGAAGAAGAACGUGUCAAAGAAAAGGCUGCUGCAAGUCUGAAAGAUAAAAAAGACAUUGUUAGUGACGUUCAAGAAACCGUGGACAAAACCGUCGAUAAAGCGAAAGAAGCAAAAGAUAAAACCGUCUUUACAGUAAAAGACAGAAAAAAUAAAGUUGUCGAGGAAGUUUCCAAAGAUGCGCAAAAAGUUGUAGACGCCACGAAAGCAGCCGAUGAGAAAGUAGCAGAUGAAACCAAUAAAAUCGGAGAAAAAAUGAAGGAAACUGCAGCAGAAGUUGUACAAAUUGCAAAGGAUACUAAAGAUGCAACAAUUAAAGAGGUAAAAGAUGACACAAAGUUAGUGAAAGAAAAAUUAGCAGCUGGCGCUGAUGCGGUAGCAGAAACUGCGGACGGCACAAAGGAAAAAGUAACAAAAGAAGCGAAGAAAGCUAAGGAAAAAACAAGUGGUUUCUUUUCUGGUAUAUUUAAAGGUGCAAAACAUGCCGUAGAAGAUGCUACUGAUGACGUCAAAGAAUUUAUGAAUGAGGCGAAGAAGGAAACUGUUUUGGAGGAAGAGCGCACUAAUGAAAAAAUUGCUGCGGGGCUUAAAGAUUUGAAAGGUAAAAAAGACAUUGUCGCAACUGAGGUUCAAGAAUCCGUAGACAAAAUCAUCACUCAUGUGAAAGACACGAAAGAUGAAACUAUUACUACUAUGAAAGAUAAGAAAAAUAAAAUUACAGAGAAAGUUUCCAAAGACGUUCAAAAGGUUACUGAUACCACAACAAUAGCUGGUGAAAAAAUUGCAACAGAGGCGAAGAAAUUUGGUGAGAAAAUGGAAGAAUCUGCAACAGAUGUCGUGCAGGAUGCGAAAGGUGUUAAAGAUGCAGCGAUUAUGGAAAUGGAAGAAGAUACAAAAUUCGUAAAAGAUAAAUUAGCAAAAAGCGCUGAUAGUGCUGUAGAAACUGCGGGCAGUGCAAAAGAUAAAGCAACAAAAGAAGCAAAAAGAGUUAAAGAAAAAACUAGUGGAUUUUUUUCUGGUAUAUUCAAAAGUUCGAAACAUGCUACGGAAGAUAUAUCUCAGGAUGAGAAGGAACAUUUAAGCGAUGCUAAAAAGGAAGCGACUAAAGAAUUGGAAGAGUUAGAUCGCGAGAAAGAUGAUAUAGUGCAUAGUGCAAAAGAAGCUAUAGGCAAAACCAUGAAGGAUGCCGAAGAUAGAACAGUUUCUAUCGCGGAAGAUACAAAAGACAAGUUUGUUGAUAUAGCUGAUAAAGACAUAGAUAAAGCAACACAUGAUUUGAAAGCAGCUCGUGAUGACGUAAUUACAAAGACCAAGGACGUAGUCGAAAAAGUAGAAACCUCCAUGGUAGAUGUUGGGCAUAAUAUUAAGAAUGCAACUGAAAUAGAAAUAAAAGAAGACGCUACCGUUAUAAACAAAAAAUUAUCUGCCAAAGCUGAAUCUAUUUUGGAUUCAGCAGAAGUCACUAAAGACAAGACAACUAGAGAGGCGAAGAAAGCUAAGGAAAAAGCUAGUGGUUUUUUUUCGGGAAUAUUUAGAGGAUCGAAACAUUCCAUGGACAGUGUAGUAGAUGAUGUAAAAGAAUUUCUGGACGAAGCGAGAAAGGAAGCAGCGUUAGAGCAAGCACAUGUCAACGAAGCAGCAGAAGCCAAACUAAAAAAUCUUGAGCUCAAAACCGAUCGCGUGAUUUCCGAAGCAAAAGAAGUUAAAGAUCGUAUUGCUGAGGAAAUAGUUGACCAAGUCGACAAGACUAUUGACGGCACUAAAGCGACAAGCGAUCAUUUAGUUACAGAUACAAAACAAAUUGCUGACGAUAUCGCACAAAGUGUUGCAAAUGCUAAAGAUAGCGUGGCAAAGGAAGUAAAAGAAGAUGUACAAGUAGCGAAAGAGAAAUUAAAGGCAGGUAGUGAUGCUGUAGUAGAAAGUGCUACGACUACGAAAGAUAAAGUAAUUAAGGAAUCAAAGAAAGCUAAAGAAAAGGGUAGUGGCUUUCUUUCAGGAAUAUUUAAGAGCGCGAAGCAUUCUGUAGAAGAAGUAUCUGACGAUGUAAAAGAAUCUAUAGAUGAGACAAAGGAAACUACUUUCAAACAAGAACGAACUAAGGAAAAAAUCGCUGCAGACGUUAAAGAUUUGAAAGAUACAAAAGAAACUCUUGUUACUAAUAUUCAAAAUGUUGCUGAUAAAACCGUCACAAAAGAUGCUAAAGAUAAAACUGUCUCCGCAGUAAAAGACAAAAAGGAUAAGGUUUUCGAGGAAGUUUCUAAAGAUGCGCAUAAAGUUAUUGACACCACGAAAACAGCUGGUGAGAAAGUAGCAGAUGAAACGAAAAAAGUCGAAGAAAAAAUAGAGGAAACUGCGGUAGAUGUUGCACAAGCUGCCAAGGAUACUAAAGAUUCAGCUAUUAAAGAAGUAAACGAAGAUGCAAAAUUAAUAAAAGAAAAAUUAACUACAAGUGCUGAUGCUACCGUAGAAGCUGCGGAUAGUGCAAAGGACAAAGUAUCGAAAGAAGCAAAGAAAGCUAAAGAUAAAACGGGUCGUUUCUUUUCUGGCAUAUUUAAAGGUGCGAAACAUGCUGCAGAAGAUGCAACUAAUGAUGCCAAAGGAUUUCUGGAUGAAAAGAAAAGAGAAGCUUCAGUAGAAAAAGAACACGCUAAAGAAGAAAUUACUCAAAGACUUAAAGAUUUGAAAGAUGAGAAAGAUACGGUUGUUUCUGAUAUUCAUCAAGCUGCAGACAAAGUUGCCGAUGACGCGAAAGAGACAAAAGAUAAAGUUAUUUCUACUGCCAAAGACAAAAUAGAUAAAAUUGUGGAAGAAGUUUCGAUAGAUGUACAGAAAGUUACCGAUGCGACGAAAGCAGGCGGUGAAAAAGUAGCAGCUAAAACGAAAAAAAUUGGUGAGAAAAUAGAAGAAACUGCAGCGGAUGUUGUGCAAGAUAUUAAAGAUACUAAAGAUACAGCAAUUAAGGAAUUAAAAGAAGAUAAGAAAUUAGUAAAAGGAAAAUUGGCAGCAGGUGUUGAUACUACUGUAGAGGCUGUGGAUGGUACAAAAGAAAAAGCGAUGAAAGAAGCGAAGAAAGCUAAAGAAAAAACGAGUGGUUUCUUCUCCGGAAUAUUCAAAGGUGCGAAACACGCUGUAGAAGAUGCAGCUGAUGACAAAGAAUUUUUAGAUGAAAUCAAAAAGGAAGCCGCUUUGGAAGAAGAACAUGUCAAAGAGACGCUUGACGCACGAAUAAAAGAUCUAAAAGAUAAAAAAGAUGCUGUUAUAACUAAAGUUCAAGAAGCUGCUGAUCACGCCAUUACUGAUACGAAAGAUGCGAAGGAUAAAGCAAUUUCCAAAAUUGAGGAAGAACUUUCAAAGGAUGCUAAGAAAGCAAGAGACAUUACCACAGAUAUUACGAAAAGUGUUAAGAACACUAAAGACGCAGGGAUUAAAGAAGUAAAAGAGGAUACGAUAAAAAUAAAAGAAAAAUUGACAGCAGAUGUUGAUGCUGUUGUGGAAACUGCAGACAGCAUAAAGGAUAAAGCAACGAAAGAAGCAAAAAAAGCUAAAGAAAAAACAGGCCGUUUCUUUUCUGGUAUAUUUAAAGGAGGAAAACAUACCGUGGAAGACGCAACUGACGAUAUUAAAGAAUUCUUGGAGGAAACGAAAAGAGAAGCUUCAUUAGAAAAACAACGUGCUAAGGAAGAAGUUGCUGCAAGUCUCAAAAAUUUGAAAGAUAAGCAAGAUGCUGUUAUUACUGAAGUUCAAAAGGUCGCAGACAAGGCCAUCACCGAUGCAAAAGGUGCAAAAGAUAAAACAAUGUCUACACUAAAAGACCAAAAAGAUAAAGUUGUUGAGAAAGUUGCCGAUGCCACGAAAGCAGCUAAAGAGGAAGUAACAGAUGAGACCAAGGAAAUCGGAGAAAAAAUGGAGGAAACUGCGGCAGAAGUUGCACAAACUGCUAAGGAUACUAAAGAUGCAGCAAUUAAAGAAAUAAAAGAAGAUGCAAAAUUAGUGAAAGAAAAAUUAGCACUUGGCGCUGAUGCAGCAUCAGAAGCUACAGAUAGUGUAAAGGAUAAAGUGUCGAAAGAAGCGAAAAAAACUAAAGAAAAAGCAGGUGGUUUCUUUUCUGGUAUAUUUAAAGGUGCUAAACAUGCUGUAGAAGAUGCUGCUGACGAUGUUGAAAAAUUUCUAGAUGAAACAAAACAUGAGGCAGAAUUAGAAGAAGCUCGUAUUAAAGAAGCUGCAGUUGCUGAUAUAAAAGAAUUGGAACAUAAGAAGGAUGCUGUUGUUAGUGAUGUGAAAGACACGGCAAAUGGAACUGUCGCUGAAAUAAAAGAAGCUAAGGAUAAAACUGUCGCCGCAGUAAAAGAUACGACAGAUACAGUUGCUAAAAAAGCUUCGGAACAUAUUCAGAAAGCGGUUGAUGCAGGUAAAGCUGUUAAAAACAAAGCAGCAUCAGAAGUAAAAAAAGCUGGUGAGAAAGUGGAUUCAACAUCACAAGACAUUGCAUAUGGAAUUUCGCAUUCGAAAGAUACAAUCAUUAAAGAAGGUGGAGAUGAGGCCAAAAUAAUCAAAGAGAAAAUGUCAAUUGGAGUUGAAGCUGUAACUGAAAAUGUUGACGCUGUUAAAAAUAAAGUAGUUAAAGGAGCAAAGAAAACAAAGGAAAAGGGAUCUGGUUUUCUGUCAGGCAUAUUUAAAGGCGCCAAGUAUUCUGUUGAAAGCACGGCAGACGAUGUUAAAGAAUUUCUAGAUGAAACGAAACGGGAAGCGGAAUUAGAAAAAACUCGUGCUAAGGAAGCAGCAGCAGCUGGAUUGAAAGAACUAGAACAUAAAGAAAAUGCUGUUGUUAUUGAUAUAAAAGAUGCGACUGAUCAAGCUGUUACUGAAAUAAAAGAUACCAAGGAUAAGACUGUUGUCGCAGUAAAAGAGUCAAAAGACAAAGUUACUGAAAAAGUCUCUGAAGAUAUUGUUGUUGUCGCAACUAAAAUAACAUCCAAAACAAAAGAAAUCGGCGAAAAAAUUAAUUUGAUGGGUCUUGACAUUGCAGAAGGAGUUGCAAGUGCGAAAGACACAGCCGCAAAAGAAGUUCAGGAAGGUACAAAAGAGAUGAAAGAAAAAUUAACGAUUGAAAUUGAACAAGUAGCAGAUAAUGCGAAGCAUGUAAAGGAUAAAGCAGUUUCUGUUGUUAAAGAUCAAAAGGAUAAAAUUGUCGAAGAAAUUUCUAAAGAUGUGCAGAAAGUUGCUGAUACCACAAAAGCAACCGGCGAGAAAGUAGUAGCAAAAACGAAAAAAACCGGUGACAACAUAGAAGAAACCGCAAUAGAUGUUGCACAAGCUGUCAAAGAUAUUAAAGAUGCAACGGUUAAAGAAGUGAAAAAAGAUACAAGGAAGAUGAAAGGGCAGUUGACAACAAGCGCUGACUCGGCCGCGGAAGCUGUGGAUAGUGCAAAAGAUAAAGCGAAGAAAACGAAAGAAAAAACAAGUGGCUUUUUUUCUGGGAUAUUUAAAGGUACAAAACAUACUGUAGAAGAUGCAUCUGGCAACGUCAAGGAAUUUUUGGAUGAAACAAAAAGAGAAGCUUCUAUAGAAAAAGAAUACGGUGAGAAAGAAAUAGCCGCUGAUCUCAAAAAUUUGGAAGACAAAAAGGACUCGGCGAUCGCCGGAAUCCAGGAGGUAAUAGACAAAACUGUCGCUGAUGUGAAAGAUGCAAAGGAUAAAACAGUUUCUGUCAUAAAAGAUAAAAAGGACAAAGUUACUGAUGGCAUUUCCAAAGAUGCUCAUAAAAUUACUGAUACCACAAAAGCAGCUGGUGAGAAAGUUGUAACAGAAACAAAGAGGAUUGGUGGAAAAAUAGAAAUAACCGCGGAAAAUAUUGCACAAGACAUUAUAGAUGCUAAGGAUGCAGCGGCUAGAGAAGUGAAAGAUGAUGCAAAAUUGGUAAAAAAAAAAAUGUCAUCUGGUAUUAGCGCUGUAGCCGAUGGUAGCGAAGUUGCUAAAGAUAAAGCGACUAAAGGUGCAAAGAAAGUUAAAGAAAAAGGAACCGGUUUUCUAUCAGGAAUAUUUAAAGGUGCCAAACAUUCUGUUGAAAGCGCAGCAGACGAUAUAAAAGAAUUUUUAGAUGAAACGAAACGAGAAGUAGAACUGGAAGAAACUCGUGUUAAGGAAGCCGCAACAGCUGGAUGGGAAGAAUUAGAACAUAAAAAGGAUGCUCUUGUCACUGACUUAAAAGAUACAACUGAUCAAGCUAUUGCUGAAAUAAAAGAUACUAAGGAUACAACUAUCGUUACAGCGAAAGAAAAAGUCUUUGAAAAAGUCUCGGAAGAUAUUCAAAAGGCUACAGAUGCAAGUAAAGCUGCUAAAGACAAAAUAACAACAGAAGUAAAGAAAGUUGAUGAUAAAUUGUAUUUAACAGCACAGGAUGUUACACAAAAAGUUGCAGAUACCAAAGAUUCAGUUGUCAAGGAAGUACAGGAUGAUACCAAAAAGGUGAAAGAGAAAUUAGCAGAAGUUGAAACUGUGGCCCAUGGUGCUGAAGCAGCUAAAGACAAGGCAACUAAAGAAGUGAAAAAAGUUAAAGAAAAGGGAUCCAGUUUUCUCUCGGGAAUAGUUAAAGGCGCAAAACAUGCUGUUGGAAGUGCAAAGGAUGACGUUAAAGAAUUUCUAGACGAGACAAAGCAUGAGGCAAAAUUAGAAAUUCGUGCUACAGAAACCGCAGCGGUUGGUGUAAAGAAACUGGAACACAAGAAAAGUGUUACAAAAGAAGUAGUAGCUGAUGUUAAGGACGUUAAAGAUAAAGUUUCUGACAUAGUGAUUCAAGUAGCAGACACCACGAAGAUUGCAGUUGAUAAGUUAGCAACUGAAAUAAAAAAGGUUGAUGAUAAAAUGGAAUGUAAAAUCACAGAUAUUGCAUAUAGUACAGGGGAUGCCAGAGAAAGUUUCAAUAAAGAAAUUAAAGAAGAUACAACUGCGGUGGAAGAUAAAUUACUAACAAGUGCCGAUGCUGUUGCUGACGGUGCCAAAGCAGUCAAAGAUAAACUUGCAAAAGAUGCUAAAACAGCGAAGGACAAAAGUUCUGAUCUCUUGUCUGGAGUUCAGAGGGCAAAGCAAACCGAAAAGGAAAUUUCCGACGACGUGAAGGACUUUCUGGAAAUAACCAGGCAAGAAGCAACUACUGAUGAAGUACUCGCUAGAGAAGUCGUGGCGACGAGAUCAAAAGGACUCGAAAAGGCGAAGGAUAAAGCCAUUGGUGAAAUUAAAACCUCUACGGAUAAAGUUGUGAAAGGAACGAAAGACGUUAAAGAGAAGGGUAUUUCCAGCAUAAAAGGUGCAAAGGACAAAACGAUCUCUCCUGUGAAAACGACGGGAAGUAAGACAGGGCAUAGUAUGGCGCAAGCUGGGGAAAAAGUUAAGACUAUUGAUCAAGGUGUGAUACAAAAGACUAAACGUACAGAAGCAAAAGAAGAUACACGUGUAGUCAAAGGAAAAUUGACGACUGGUACAAGCGCAGUCGCCAGUACAGCAGAGACUGUUAAGGACAAAACCGCGAAAGAUCCUAAAAAGGUCAAACAAAAAGCAGGUAGUUUUUUAUCAGGCGUAGUGAAAAGCGCCAAGCAUGCAGUAGAAGAUGCAACAGAUGAUAUGAAGGAUUUCCUGAAAGAGGCCAAGCAGGAAGCAACCGUGGAAGAAGCUCGAGCUAAGAGUAAUCUUGCUCAAGCGAAAGAUAAAUCCGCCAAAUUGACAACUGACGCUAAAGAAAAAUCUGUCAGUGCCGUUAAAAUCGUAAGAAAGAGUCCCCCGAAGACGUCACAGUUACCAAUGAACGCGAAAAUCACGGGUAAAGCUUCGCCUAUCACUAAGAGAACGGGCAAAGUGACUGAAAUACCAGCGACAAAAAGAAAAGAUGAUAGAGUAGGAUCGAAACGCACAGGCGAGAGUGUUCAGGAAGUAGUUCGUAGAUCCGAUGUAGCUGGCAGGUCAGAGACGUCCGGUGGCGUCGAGCAUUUAACCGAGACAGUUAGCGUUAAGAAAGUAUCUCACAUUCCACAAAAGAAAAGUCUGGAUAAAGAGACAGGCGCAGACGAUUCGGGUAAUUCGCGUAGAGUAAUAGAGACAGUAACCAAAGUAGGGCAUCCCGAGCCUCGCACACGGCACUCCGUCACCACAAUCGUGACAAAGUCUGUGCGAACAACUCCACCGCCACCCAGUUCACUCGCCGAGUUCACUGACAGUAGAACCGAAGACGUGACUAAAGAGGCUGCACGACGGGCACAAAACCUGGCGCACCAGGCGUACACCUCGACGAAAACAGGGCAUGAUUCGGCUGAGAUUGAUGGGACUGUAGAGAGGCAUGCUACUUCUGCUCCAUCAAAACAACCUGUUCCCGCCCCGCGUCUCUCCACCACCAAGCCGUCUACCAAACCCGAGUUCCAUCUGGAGCUUAGUGAUGCCUCACGAACACAUAAAACGAUCGAACAAUCUUCCAAGCCAACGCAGGAGAUGCAGUCACCGAGCAAGAGCAGUCCAAAGAACAAGAUACCUUUCAAAAUUGAGUCUCACGCGCCUAAAUCGAGCGACGAUCCCGAAUCCGUUCCAAUAAAAUUCUCGGAAGAUCACGCCAUCUAUCCACAGACAGUUUCACAAACUGUCAAAUACGUUACUAAGGAUAGGGAAUUGAUCAAAGAGACGAUAGAGGAGGAAAAAAAGAUACCAUCGAGUGAUGCGAUCCAGAUAGUUAAAACGGACAAUUUGACCGAGAUAUGCAGUAGAACGGAGAUAAUGCCUUCCGUAGAGCAAAUACGAACAACUACAGUGACCAACGAUUCAUCGAUUGAUCCUACAAAAUUGAAGGAGCUUUUGGAGACUGGUGGUAUUGUAGAAAUGGUGAGGACUGUGACUUUGACGUCAGAAAACGAUACUUUGCAACCUGUAACGCGUGAGGAGGUUGUUAAGAGGAUAAACCAGGUCGUUCAUACGCUACCUAGCGAGAUCUUCGAUUUCGGCGAUUCCUCUACCACUACGAUAAGGUCCGGCAGAUCAGAGUCCGAUGGUGUUGCGCCGAUGGUGCAACAUGUGAUGUCCGAGACGUCAGAUAUUGAGAAGACCGAGAGAGUGAUGAGAACGAUGACUUCCAGCGGCGGCAGCGGCUACGGGGAUGUGGAGUCCGCUCUAAGAAGCCUUCCGGAACAAUUAACGAGAUCCGAAAUCGAAGAGACCGUCUCUUGGACAGCGGCGAAUGAACAGUGGGAGGUGCAGUAUUCUCAAGACACGUCACCCGGUUCUGGAAAUGGCGGCGGUGUUGACACGUUUGUCAGCAACAACAACAACAAUAACAACAAAAACGAUGGUAGUUCAAGGCAUGAUAUGCACAGCGAUACCGAUAGUGACGGUUCGCCGCAACCUAGAAGAAGAUCCCCGAGCAAGAGGCGUACGUUGGGCAGUUCCAGCGGGUCGGAUGUAGCACUGCACGAAGGUGCGGAGCUGUCCCCGUUGGAGGACGACCAAGAAUCUGACUUUUUGCAACAUAGCGAGCCAUCCUUCAUGGAAACGACAACGAUCGAGGUGGAUCCUGUCACUCAAGAAAGUAUAACGACAACUACCCGAACGGAAACGAGGACGAUGUCAUCCACGGGAACUAGUGGCACGGACGAUUUGCGGGAAUCAAUGCAGAAGAUCAUGGACACGUUCAUGUCGGAAGAGAGGAAGGAUCAUUAGGAAUAACGUGCAUGUUAAAUUGAAUUUGAGAUGAAAAAGAAAAAAUUGCCGUCGGGUUCUCGGCAUUGAUCCCCUCGUCGAUUAUUGAAUUCUUUACCUUUGGAAGAAAGCACUUUGAUGGCCCUCGGAUUUGGCAUGGAGCGAAGAAUUUACGAUCACGAUAGGACCGGGGGCACAUGAAGACGCUUGCUUCUUCGGGGUGCUGUCUUCUUUAAAUCACACAAAAGCAUGCACAAUGAUUUACUAUCACGCUCAUGGCCUAUGCUUCGAGUUUGCUUGCCUUUCCGUUCCGCUCGGUUGCCUUAUCUCUUUGCGUUCAUCGGAAUCUCGCAAUCGAAGAUGAAUAAUGAUAAUGAUGAUGACGAUAAUGAUAAUGGUGAUGAUGAUGAUGAUGAUGAUGAUGAUGAUAAUGUAUUUGCGUAUGUCGUUGCUAGUUCGACUAGCCGAUUCGCGCUAGUUUUUACUAUGCCAACCCGUCCAUGUAUGUGCUUUUUCGUGUUAUUUGAAGAUAUAAUGCGAAAUGGAAGGGAAAGAAAGAAGCAAGUAUGGAGACGAUGGGACAUGUCGAGAAGAAACGCGAACAAAGCGGGAACGCGACAAGAUA